AUGCCGCUCCGGGUGCUGUCUGCGCUGGACUCGGCGCGUACGCAGUUGUAUCACUUCAGUGCGAUAUUUAUCGCAGGCAUGGGGUUUUUCACCGAUGCAUACGAUCUCUUCUGCAUCCCGCCUGUUUCCAAUCUACUGGGAAGCAUCUACUAUGAAAAUGAGAUGCCCAUUCGUGUGAAAGCCUCCGUCAACGGAAUCGCGCUAUGCGGAGCAUUGGCAGGCCAACUCUUUUUCGGUUGGCUUGGAGACAGAAUGGGACGAAAGAGGGCCUACGGGAUAACACUAAGUUUGAUGGUCGCGAGUUCGAUCGCUUCUGGCUUCUCAAUCGGCAGAUCAGCGGAAGCAGUAAUUGGCAGUUUAUGCUUCUUCAGGUUCUGGUUAGGGUUUGGUAUUGGUGGGGACUACCCACUGUCUGCGACAAUCAUGGCCGAAUAUGCAAAUACCACAACUAGAGGAGCUUUCAUCGCUGCUGUAUUUGGGAUGCAGGGUCUUGGAAUCCUGGCGAGCAGUAUAGUGGCUUUAAUUUUGUCGGCUACCAUGAUAUCAGUAGUGGGCGAUAUGCCGUCAUUCGGGCAAAAGGACGUGGUGUGGAGAAUAAUCUUAAUGUUAGGAGCCGUUCCCGCAGGUUUUACAUAUUACUGGCGGAUGAAAAUGCCGGAGACCGCCCGCUACACUGCUUUAGUGGCAAACGACCCAAGGCAAGCUGCAGUGGACAUGUCGACGGUUCUUAAUCUGAAUAUUGAAGAAGAUGAGUCGGAUGAUUCAGGCACUCAAAGUCUGCUCCCACAGUUCGGGUUGUUUUCCAUGGCUUUCGUGAAGCGGCACGGGCUAGAGCUGCUAGGCACGGCAUCCACUUGGUUCUUUGUGGAUAUUGCAUUCUACAGCGGCAAUCUGUUUCAGAGCGAUAUAUAUCAUAAUAUCAAAUGGUUGAAGUGUUAUUAUAAGAAUCCACUAGAUGAUGUUUAUCGUUCUGCAAGGGCGCAGGCAUUGAUUGCAUUUUGUGGGACUCUGCCGGGAUACAUAUUUACCAUUCUUCUGAUAGAUCGUCUCGGGAGGUUUAAAAUUCAGCUCAUUGGGUUUUUCUUUAUGUCAGUUUUCUUGUUCGCCCUCGCCAUUCCUUACGAAAGUUACUGGGCUCAGAAAGCUCAUCGACAUGGCUUUCUGGCGAUCUAUUCUAUGACAUUUUUCUUCUCAAAUUUUGGGCCCAACACGACCACUUUCAUCGUGCCGGCGGAGUUGUUUCCUGCACGGUUGCGAUCGACGUGCCAUGGUAUUUCUGCAGCCGCUGGUAAAGCAGGCCCUAUCAUUGGAGCAUUUGGGUUCUUCUCUUAUCCAACGGGCAUUGGUAUAAACAACGCCUUGAUUAUUCUAGCAGUAGCAAGUUGCUUGGGCUUCUUUUGCACAUUUCUGAUACCGGAAACAAAGGGAAGAUCAUUGGAAGAAAAUGAGGUGGAACUUACUCAAGUUCAAGCCUAA